CUGUGACACCAACAGUCUACUUGGGUCAUCACUACUUUCCAGGUCUUGAACUCUGACAGACACCAUAAAGCUGAUUCUCCCUCCAAUAUCCUACCACUGUCCUCGUAUCCUUGAGAACCAACGCACUAUGAUCUGGCUAUGGCGUCUCGACCAUCCAGGAAAGCAACAAGGAUACGAUAGAGAACCUGAAAAAUGGAAGCAGAGGAAGUGGCGUGUAGAAGUGGAACUCCAAUCUUUUUUCAUUGAGUGCCUGUCUCCAUCGACGAAUAGUACGUGACAAAAAUUUAUAUCCACAAGCGACUGGUCUGACAUUAUCACUUUGUUUAGUGUUUACUAUCUGUAUUAAGAUUGUUUGUUUCCAUUCCCUUGAUGAGGAACAGGCAAAACUUUGGCCUGAAUAAACCAGCAGCACUUCAGCAGUCCAUUUGAUCUGGUGAUUCCCAAACCAACUCAUUGGUAUAUGAUGAAGAAGAUACAUUCUAUCUUUCUGGGCAGUCCUUUUCUCCCUCUCCUCCUCCUUCUCAACCUUUUGCUGCCUCGUCUUUGCAUUGAGUGCCUCCAAUAUCCGGUCUUUGAUGGUGACGACGAGUAUCCUGCCUCCCUACUCAAUCGGAGUAGCUUUCCUCCUGGUUUUAUAUUCGGUGCUUCUUCUAGUGCUUACCAAUAUGAAGGGGCAACAUUUACGGAUGGCAGAGGACUAAGCAACUGGGAUGUUUUCGUCAAACAGCAACCAGAAAAGAUUGUGGAUCAUACUACGGGGGAUAUAGCUGAAGAAUUUUACUACCGUUUUAGGGAGGACGUCAGGCUGAUGAAGGAAAUUGGUCUGGAUGCCUUUCGAUUCUCUAUUGCAUGGUCGCGUGUAUUGCCUCAGGGGAGAAUCGGUUUGGGGAUCAACCAAAAAGGUGUUGAUUUCUACAACAGCCUCAUUGAUGAGCUUCUGCUGAAUGGUAUAGAGCCCCAAGCAACCUUGAUGCAUUGGGAUCUUCCACAUUCUCUUGAAGAUGAGUAUGGUGGAUUCCUCAGCUCGAAGAUCGUGGAUAAUUUUCGGGACUAUGCGGAUUUUUGCUUCAAAGAAUUUGGUGAUAGAGUGAAGAACUGGAUCACUGUGAAUGAACCGAAUUCAAUUACUAUUAAGGGAUAUGACCAAGGCAUUAAUUCGCCAGGUCGAUGUUCUAGCUAUAUGGGUAAUUGCACAGAUGGGAACUCUGCUACGGAGCCGUACAUUGCCAUGCACAACAUCCUUCUUUGUCAUGCAGCUGCUGCAAAUGUGUACAGAAACAAGUAUAAGGCUUCUCAAAAUGGAAUGGUUGGUAUAACAAUUUCGACCAGAUGGUAUGUCCCCAAAUACCCAACGAAGGCAUGCAAAGAAGCUGCCUCCAGAGCUCUGGACUUCGGUUUUGCAUGGAUAGCUCGUCCGGUGGUAUAUGGUGAGUAUCCCGAAUCAAUGACAGCUCUGGUUGGAGAUAGGCUGCCCAAAUUCACAGAAGAGCAAAAGCAGAUGCUUGAAGGGUCUAUUGACUUCCUUGGAGUGAAUUACUACUCAGCAUAUUAUGCAGAAGAUGUCUCAUCCUCGAGCAUCAAUCCAAGUUACACGACAGAUAGUCGAGUCAAUAUAACGAUGCACAAAAAUGGAGUUCCCAUUGGUCAGCCGACUGCUUGUGACUGGCUCUAUAUUUAUCCGGAAGGAAUACUUGAAAUUUUGGUAUACGUGAAGGAAGAGUACAAUGUCCCAGUCUUCCUGACUGAAAAUGGGGUGGCUGAUCUAAGUAACAACUCGUUGCUUCUCAAUGAUGCACUAAAUGACAAGUUGAGGAUCAAAUUCCACUACCUUCAUCUCCAAUACCUAUUAGAAUCUGUCAGGGCUGGAGUUGACAUAAGAGGGUACAAUUUGUGGUCAUUACUUGAUAAUUUCGAGUGGGAGCUUGGCUACACUGUACGUUUCGGAAUUACGUUCAUCGACUUUCAGGACAAUUUGAAGAGAUAUCCUAAACGCUCUGCCUUUUGGUUCAGAAAUUUCCUGCAGAAGCAGAGUGCAGCAUCUGCUUCAACUUCGUCGCUCUACUCUAGUCGUUAAAUUGCAUUUUGCCAUUCCAUAAUGCAUACACAAUCAUAGACAUUAGUAAUAGUAAUCACAUUGUCAAUGGCAGAGCAAGAAGAUGAAAUUAAUUAUGUGUGUUAAAGAAUACUAGUUUUUUGGCCCGCGCUCCGCCGCGGUAAGAAACUAAUAAUGAUUUAGUUUAAGUCAAAUUAUUCACAAAAUUAUUCACAUAAUGAUGUCUUAAUCAUUACGAAUAACAUACAUAAUUCGUUUGCUUAUUAAGUGAACAUAGUAAAUAACUAUUUAUACAUAAGGUUUAUAUAGUGUUUAUUCAUUCAUGAAAACUUACGUAUUAUUGUUUUAAUGGAUACAUAUAAAAUGAUUAUUCCGUG